AUGGCCACGCCCGACAUCCGCACCGAGUGGGGCACCCAGCGGCGCCUCGCCGAGACCAUGCGCCACGUGGACGACUCCGACAUCGACGAGCUCAUCGACCGCUUCACCCGACUCGGCGGCGGGCCUCGCUUCUUUGCCAAGUUCCACCCGCAGGCGUCGUGGCUGUGGCGGCAGUAUCACGGGACGGUGCUGCAGCACACGUGGAAGCCCGCCUGCCUCGCGAUGGUCCUCGCCUUUGCGACGGUCCACUACAUGGAGUCUGACGGGCGCGACUGGCCAAAGUUUGGAGUGCCUCAUGAGAAGGCGGUGGCGCAGCUGCUCGGCCUGGAGCGGGCGUGGAGCUACGUGCUCACGUUCGCGACCUUCAUCAACUCCUUCUUCCUCUCCCAGUCGUACGGUUUCUGGCUCGCAAACAAGGGCAACACCCGCAAGGUGCAGGGCCGGCUCAACGACCUGUCCUGCCUGCUCGCCACGCACGCAGAGCGGGACGAGCAGGGCCGCUUCACCGAGCGGGCGCGCGCGCUGCUCGACGAGAUGGCUCGCUGGGUGCGCCUCUUCCACAUCCUCUUCUGGGCGGGCCAGGUCCGGCCAGCGCGCGCCGACGAAGGCGCCUCGCACUCUCGGCGCUGCGCCGCGCCGCCCGCAGCACGCGCCUCCCUCUCGGUGCUGCGCACGGACCGCGGCCUCUCGCGGCUGUGCGAGCGGGAGCACCUGACGCGCGACGAGUACGAGCUGCUCGUCGGCGAGUCGUACCGCGUCUCGGAGACGCAGCGCCACUCGGCCCUCUCCAUCUCGCUGCUGUCGCCCGUUGGUGAGGCGUCCCUGGUCGUGCUCGAGUGGAUCUGCGCGCGCUUCGUCCAGGCGCGGCAGGGCGCGCUGCUGCAGGGCGGCGCCGGCAUGGAGACGGUCUUCCUCGACAAGGCCCUCGCCCUCCGCGCCGUCUGCGCCUCGAUCGGCGACGACGCCGCCGCGCGCAUGCCUCUCGCGUACGUGCACCUGGUCCAGAUCCUGGUCGACUGCCUCGUCGCGCUCGCCCCCCUCGCGCUGUAUGCAAAGGUCGGCGUCUUCACCAUCCCGCUGGUCGGCCUGCUCUGCGUCUUCUUCCGCGGCUUCCUCGCCCUCUCAAAGUCGUUCCUCGACCCGUUUGGCAACGAGGACUCGCUCUCCGAGAACCUGUCGGUGCACUGCCUCGUCUGCGAGGUCAACGCGGGCUCCGUCCGCUGGGCGAGCGGCAUCGAGGAGCUGCCUCGCUGCGGCUACUCCCUCGCCGCGGGCAGGGGGGCGCGGCGGUGA